AUGGCCAACAUCAGCAUCGUGGAAGCCGACCACGAAAGGGUCGAAUUCCCCACCACAGUCAACGGUCUCCCCACCGGUUUCCCACCAGUCUUAGCACGACGUGGAGUGCCCGAAUUCAUGUGGGAUCAAGACAUGUACAUCAUACGCCAUAUGGCAGAAAGGCUCUCCAAAGACCGAAGUCGAGAGAUAUUCCUGGUCUGCUUCACGUGUGGGCUGUCGAUUUGCUUCUACGGUGCCGCGGUGGAUCGUUUUAAUGAUCGGCUGCGAACCUAUGUUGAUGGGAUGAAUGCGAGGUAUGCGCCGUAUGGGGUUGUUUGGGAGAUGAGAUGGGUUCCAUAUUGUGGGACUUUUAUGUCUUAUGAGACUUAG